CACUCAAAAUGAAAGAAAAUGAAUAUUUGUGCCUCAGUUUCAACAAUAUUGGAUUUUCAUCAGAUAUCGCUGCAAAGAUCUCUGAUGAAUUUCAGGCGGAGGAGGACCAUAGCGAAGAAGAUUUUGAAUUCUCUUUAGUCUCUAAUAAAUCGAAUAAAUUCAUCCAUGACGAUCAGAAAAAAGUGCAGCAAUCAAUUUUCCCUCUUUUCAAUCGGAAUCUAUUGCUAAGCGAUUCAGAUUUGAAGGAUAAAUCAAUUUUGAUUCUUAAGAAGGAUUUGUUUCUAAAAAAUAGUGAAUCAACAUCAUCAUCGGAGGCAGAUGAAGUGGAGACGAUACCUGCCGGAACUUACUCUAUGAGGAAGCCGAAGAUAAGCGAGUCAUCACCAGGGAAAUGCAAAAAGAGUAACUCAACUGGAUUUGUAUCGAAGCGAUGGCCGAGGAUUCGAGAUCUGUUAUGGAGGAGUAACAGUGAAGGGAAGGACGUUUUGUAUUUUUCAAACCAAAAAGACAAUAGAAAACAAAACAAGAAAAGCAAAAAUAAAAAAUUCCAGUGAGGUUGUGAAAAUGGCCGAAAAAUUGAAGCAGACGAAAACCAGCGAAAGAAAAAAGGGUUUACCGGCGGCGUCUGCAGUGCAUUAUGUUAAGAAUAAG